AUGCCCUCCCACAGCGCCUCCAAGGCCAAGACUCGGCCACUUCCCGUCGAAGAGGAUUUCCUCGCCAAGCAACAUCCCAAAGUAGCUCAGCUCGCCGCCGACCUUCCAGACUCUAUCGCAUCAUCUGUCAUUUCCACACCCGCUUCCGAGAUGGUGCCCUCCUCCGACAUCCCCUCGACUCCGCUCAACGGUCCCGGCACUUCCGACUCAGAGGGCGAACCUAGCGUCGCCACUUCAACGGUCACCACCACCAUCUCCACAUCCCAAGGCACCGGCUCCUCCACCGUCGAGUUCCAGCACAUUGGCGCCAAGGGCCUCUCGCACAGAGUUGGCAAGGAUGGCGCCAUCCACCUCAAACCCGUCGCCGCCUCCACCAAGGCGCGCAAGAAGAUGCGCGCAGUGGUCAGCUUCAAACCUCGACAGAGCCACUUUGACCGAUUCAACGAGACCUCCUCGCGCGAUCAGUUUCGCGGAUUCUUCACGCUCUUCUGGGUGUGUCUGGCGCUGUUCGUGCUCAACACUUCGUACACGAGCUUUGCCAGCACCGGUCAGGUGUUGAGCAUGACGUUCGCCACGCUGUUCAGCAGAGACGCUUGGAUGCUCGCGCUGUCGGACGGCGUGUUGAUCGGGUCACUGUUCAUCUGCGUACCCUUUGCCAAGGUGUGCAAGAGGGGCUGGGUCAGGUACUGGCCCACGGCGGUGGUGUUCCAGCACUUGUGGCAGGCUGCGUUGCUGGGUGCGGUGAUCAAGUGGGCCAGGUACAGGGAGUGGCCUUGGGUUCAAAGCGGAUUUUUUGUCCUGCACACGUUGUCGAUGCUCAUGAAGAUCCACUCGUACAUGAACGUCAAUGGCAACAUGGCCGAUACGUACCAUCGUAUGCGCCGAGUGGAGGCCAUGCUCGAGGAACGCGUCGCCGAAGUCGAAGGCAACGAAGCAGGUAGAGGCGACGAGCAGCUCCGUGCGGCGUGGGGCAAAGCCGUUCGACAGGCCCGACAGAACGGAGGCUUCAGCGACUCGGAUGCGAGCAAAGGUACGGCGCAACUGUUUGCGCAGUGGUCGUCGCUCGACGCGCAGCGCGGUAGCGAUUCGAAACGUCUCCGUACAGGUCAGCUGAUGCACGCGGUCAACAGCAGCACCGAUGGGAAGCUGAUUGUCGAUGAUCAACAGAGCGAAAAGGUGCAAGAGCCCGAGACAGGCGAGAAGAAGCUCAGCAAGCAAGAGCACAUGCAACUGCACAAGGACAUGGCCGAGAAGCAGAAAGCCGAGCGAAGCGCCCAGUCGGACCACCGCCAGCAGAACGGUGAUACGGCGUCGUCGACAUCACGAACCUCGGGCGACGCCUCGCACACCAUCCGCGAUCCGCACCCACUCUCGUCGCACACGGACAAGCUCAUCUCCGACCUGGCACGCGAAGUUGAAGUGCUGCGCGAGGAUCUGCUCUCCGCCCGUUCGACCCACGAGCCCUCGUCCGCCGCGCUGAUCCCGCAGGACCCCGUGAUGUGGCCGACCAACGUGACCUACGCCAACUUCUGGGACUACCUGCUCGUCCCCACGCUGGUCUACGAACUUUCCUACCCACGUCUCGCGACGAUCCGACCGCUGUACGUGCUCGAGAAGACCCUCGCUACGUUCGGCACCUUCCUCGUGAUCUACGUCAUCACCGAGCACUGGAUCAUGCCGUUCACGCCCACCGCCUCCACCCCCUUCCUCCGCACGUUCCUGCAACUCGCCGUGCCCAUGAUGAUCAACUACCUGCUCAUCUUCUACAUCAUGUUCGAGUGCAUCUGCAACGCCUUUGCCGAACUCACCCGGUUCGCCGACCGCGAAUUCUACCUGGAUUGGUGGAACGCUACUUCGAUGGACGUUUUUUCGCGCAAGUGGAACAAACCUGUUCAUUCUUUCCUGCUGCGACACGUGUACGCCAGCACGAUCGCAGCGUGGGGGGUAAGUAAGGGGUUGGCGAUGUUCUUGACGUUCCUGUUGAGUUCGUUGGUGCACGAGCUGGUGAUGGCGAUCGUUAGCGGGAAGGUGAGGGGGUACCUGUUUGCGGCGCAGAUGAUUCAGUUGCCGUUGAUAUUCUUGAGCCAGGUACCGUUCAUCAAGAGGAACGAGACGCUGGGGAAUAUGAUCUUUUGGAUCGGGUUGAUGGCGGGUUUCCCGCUGCUGAACAUUGGAUACCUGGUGUAUUAG